GAGCGAAUCCCCAAGUCUCCCACUUCACCAAACCUCCCGUCGGUGGACUCGGCGUCCCCAUACUGCUAGAUCUAGCGAUCUAUUCCUCUUUUCAUUUCACUCUCCUCCUCUCCCGAUCCAAUCAGGGUUAGGGUUAGGGUUAGGAUCUCGCCCGCCUUUCUUCAAUCCACAGCGACCGAAGGAGCCGAUCGAUCCAGCGAUCGAGAGAGCUUGUUCGGCGGCGGCCGGAGGAGGAGGAGGAGGAGGAGGAGAGAUGGGACGCGACGGCGGUGGGGGAGCGAUGAGCGAGGGACUGGUGAGGAAGGUCCUCCUCUCCUACGCCUACGUCGGGAUCUGGAUCUUCCUCAGCUUCACGGUGAUCGUCUUCAACAAGUACAUCCUCGACCCCAAGAUGUACAACUGGCCCUUCCCCAUCUCCCUGACCAUGGUCCACAUGUCCUUCUGCUCCGCCCUCGGCUUCCUCCUCGUCCGCGGCCUCCGCGUCGUCGAGCCCCCCACCUCCCCUCCCAUGACCCGCGACCUCUACGUCGCCUCCGUCGUCCCCAUCGGCGCCCUCUACGCGUUCUCCCUCUGGUUCGCCAACUCCGCCUACAUCUACCUCUCCGUCUCCUUCAUCCAGAUGCUCAAAGCCCUCAUGCCCGUCGCCGUCUAUUCCAUCGGAGUCCUCGUCAAGAAGGACGCAUUUAAGACCGAAACCCUGCUCAACAUGCUCUCCAUCUCCUUCGGCGUCGCCAUCGCCGCCUACGGCGAGGCCCGCUUCAACGCCUGGGGCGUCAUGCUCCAGCUCGCCGCCGUCGCAUUCGAGGCCACCCGCCUCGUCCUCAUCCAGAUCCUCCUUACCUCCAAAGGCAUCUCCUUGAACCCCAUCACCUCCCUCUACUACGUCUCCCCCUGCUGCCUCGCCUUCCUCCUCCUCCCCUGGUGCCUCGUCGAGUUCCCCGUCCUCCGCGCCACCUCCUCCUUCCGCCCUGACCUCCUCAUCUUCGGCACCAACUCCUUCUGUGCCUUCGCGCUCAACCUCGCUGUCUUCCUCCUCGUCGGCAAGACCUCCGCCCUCACCAUGAAUGUCGCCGGCGUCGUCAAGGACUGGCUCCUCAUCGCCUUCUCCUGGUCGGUCAUUCGGGAUACAGUCACCACCGUCAACCUUAUUGGCUACGCCAUUGCCUUCCUCGGCGUCGCCUACUACAACCACGUCAAGCUCCAGGCGCUCAAGGCGAAGGAGGCUCAGAAGAAGAACGCGCAGGCUGACGAAGAGAACGCCCAGCUCCUUGAGGAGAGGAACGGCGACCGGAAGAAUGACCCCCAGGCCUGAUCUCUCUGUUCUCUCGUCCUCGGGUGGUCUCAGUCUCGAUCGAUCUGAUCUGAUCUCAUUUCUUCCGUUGCCUGAUUAUCGCUCUAUCUACGUUACAGAGAGAAAGGAGAUUUAUUUCUUAAGAAAAUUUAGAAAAGAACCUUUUUUUUUUGCGCUCACCUUUCUCUUAUUUGUCUUAUUUCUAUGCGGGAUGAAUCGUGUUGGGGCCUUAAAUCUAUCUGAUCUGUUGGCGUUGGAUUCUGAUAUGUGUAUGUCUAGAUCUAUCAUCUCGAUCUCAUGGAUUCAAUGCGGAGCUGGAAUUUAGGGUUUGGACGCUGUUCUUGCUGUUGGCGGGGAGUUCAUGGAUUAUCAUUGAGAUCUGUUCGUUGGUUGCAUUGUUAUCAUCUGCCUUUUCUCUUUUUAUUUUUUUGCUAAUUUAUUUGUCGGACCAAUGUAGGAGCUUUCAUCUUCCUCUUCGAGGAAAUUUGCUGUGGUGUUUAAAUUACUGGUACUGCUAUAAAUAUUUUGAUGAGAUUCUUAUUUAGUCAUGUUUGUUUCUA